AUGGGUAAUACAUUAUUUAAUAAUCGUAUAUAAGAUGAAGAAGAGGGUAUAAAACUUUAUUUAGAAUUAAAAUAAACAAAGCUUUAGUUGAACCAAAAUUUAAAAGGCAAAGUGAUCUUUAGAAUGCCAAGUUAAUUCUCAUUAGGAACUUUUGAUUUAAAUUUAAAGGUUUAUUGAGUUAUCCUAAUUAGAUUUAUGGUCAUGAAAAUGCUACCUAUAACUUCAAAGAAAAAAAUAAAAGUGUUUACAAAUAUUCUGUUAAGGAUCAUUAAUUCUAUAAAAAGACUAUAAGUCUAGUUUAAAAUGAAAAGUAAUAAAGAUUAUUAAAAAUUAUUAAGAGUUUAUGCUGAAGAAUAUCAUUAUGUAACAUUUGAUUGGAAUACAGAGGUAUCAAUUCCUUCACUUGAAUACAAAUAUAAUCCUGAUUUAACAGUUUCUAGAGAAUAUUAAGUAGUAGCUAUAUUAAUUUGGAAAAAUCAAAAGAAUCAAAAAAUACCAUAUAGAUGCCAUUAGCCGGUAUUAUUUUAUAUUGACUCUGAUGAAAUAAAAUAAUAAACGAAAUAAAUGAGAGAUUCUGAUGUUAAGAGAAAUUAGAAAGUUGAUGCAAUAACAACAUAUAAAUGGUUAAGAUAACAUAAAGGGGUAAUAAAUUGAAUUGAAAUUUAGUUAGUUUUUGUAUCGUUUGAGGCUGAUAAAUGCAUAUAUUUUAAUGGAGAUUAUUUAAAUGUGACUGCUGAUGUAGAUAAUACUUUUGGAUAUCUAAAAAUUUAAUCAGCAAAAUUAUUAUUCUAUUUAGAAUUUAUUAUAAAAGAAAAAUGGUUAUAAGGAAUGCCAAAGAUAUUACUAUGUGAAGAGAAAUUAGAAUAAACAGAUCAAAAUAAAUAUUUUGGAAAGAUGAAUUUUUAAUUAAAUGACAGAUUAAAUUUACCUUAUUAAUCAGUUUCAGAAAGAAUAGGAUGUAGAUAUAUUGUUGUUUUAUAAUUAAUUUUUGAAUGUAAAUAUAUUCAUAUUAAAAAGAACUUUGUUUGGGAUCAGGAGUGGAUAAUGUGGAAUUCAUACUACCAUAUAUGGAAUACUAUAAAGAUAAUAGAAGCAAUGAAGAACCAUAAUAGUAAUUCUUGACAGAAAUAAAAAACAUAGAAAAUUAAACUAAGUUUAUGGAUGCAAUAUAAAAUUUAACAUUCUCAAGGCCAACAAAUUACAUUAGGGAUUAAGAUUUUUUAAUGAAUAGAUAAACUAGAGUUGCAUAAUAAACAUAAAUUCUAAUAAUGAAAGAAUGA